AUGGGUUCCGAUCCCUACCCGAUCUCAGUCUCGUCCCUUCAUUUCCCAUCCCGCGAGCUGCAGUCCGUCUCCCAGACCCUGUCUUCGCUGCGACGCUCUGCACUCUCCCUCACCAACCGACUACGUUCUAUCGAGUCGGAUGCCACCUUCGCACAGGAAGUCUCCGACCACUACGACCUUCCCCUUGUAGCCAAUGAACGAUGUGGGAGUUGGUAUAUCCCACCGGAAGCCAAAUGUGGUAGCGCCUACUUCAAGAGCACUGAUGGCCAUACCGGCCAGUGGGACUUUAGCUUUCGUAGACUAAACCUGCAGAUCUUGCCAAUUGCUCGGAAGUUUGGGGGCUGUAUUAUAGUCGACUCAACGCGCCGGGGUAAAUUGAUGCCCGAUGCCCUCUCCAAGACCGUGCCCAUCUGGUCUGCUGUUAUCAAUCGAGCUCUGUUUCCGUCCGACACUGCAUAUCACCCGGUCCAGUUCCCGCCAAACUUCCUGGGCGAGUCAGAAGAGUCGCAAAUUGAGAAACGCAUCGACGGCUUUAUAAAAUCACUCACGGAUCUUAAGCUCGACUUGGACCACCUCAGGCAGCAACUGCGCAAGCCUAUCCGUAUCGCUUGGGCCAAUCGCUCUUACUUUCACCCCACGGACUUAUACAAAGGAGAUGACUAUAAUCUCUUCGUCCUUUGCUCCGCAUCUAAACGGGUGCACGGCGCGGAAAUAUCGGAGGGUGGCUACAUCCAGGGCGCAGGGGAUGACAGUGAAAGUUGGGCUUAUGGUUUGACGCCUCCAGUAUUCUGGGCCAACAAAUCCACCAUUUUUCAGACGGCGGAGGAAGAUUUGCCCCAGCUGUUUGAGGAGUUGGCCAAGGAACAGAGUCGGCAGGAAAGCGUCCAUCAGGCCACUCUCAUCACACCGACUCAGAACCUGUACAUCGGCCCGUCGGAUGGUCGGACAAACGAGAGCGGUCUGUAUGAUUUGGUCAUCGAUUGCAAUGCUCCUGCAGACGCCUCGGAAGAUAAUGCGAAACGGCUGAAUCUUGGGUGCGGGUCCGCAAAGUCGGGAGGUCGAGACCUUCGCAAUCACUUAGACAAGGUUCAAGCUUUCAUCAGCUCGCAGCUCGCUCCCGAUCCGUCACGGUCGUUGCUCGUGACAUGCGAAUCCGGAAAGGAUCUUUCGGCCGGCGUCUUACUCACCAUCUUAUGCUCGUCCUACGAUGACACCGGGUCAUUUUCAUCCUCCGGUCAACCCAGGAUUAGCAAACAAUUCAUCCGCCAGCGCCUGGCCUGGAUCGUAUCGUCAAAACACGACGUCAAUCCCUCGCGCACUACGCUCCAGUCCGUCAACGCCUUUCUCAUGCAAAGACCAGAUUAUUAG